UAAUACACACUCCCUGAAAACGUUUCACAUUACAUUGUCAGGAACAUAGUUUGUUCAUAUAGACUCUAGCUGCUCUCUGGUAGACUUAACAGCAAGACCCUAUUGACAUUGCCUGUGAUUUUAAGCAGAAGGCCUCUCUACCAGCCAGAGGACACAAUUCCAGGAGGACACUAAGAUUUCAGCAAUUGAGAAACUCACAAAAGUUAGAAAAUAUGCCUCCAAGUUUGACAGCUGCACUGCAAGAGUGGGAAAGUCUAGAGAAAGAGUAUCAUCAGAUUCAGGAGAGCCACCGGCUAUACUUGCAGAAACUAGAGGAAGUUUCCAAGCUGCAGAGUAAUUGCUCUUCGUCUAUCGCCCGCCAGCGGAGUAGACUUAAGGACAUGUCUCAGUUAAUGAAGAAAUGCAAUAAGGAGAGACUGACAGAGGAGGAUGUAAAAACCUUGGAUGAAAUCAAGGAGCACAUCAAAGCAAGACCCAACACUUUCUUUGAAAUGGAGGCUUUCCUUCCAAAGAAAAAUGGGUUGUAUCUCAAUCUUGUUCUGGGCAAUGUAAGCGUGACUCUUCUGAGCAAACAGUCAAAAUUUGCCUACAAAGAUGAGUAUGAGAAAUUCAAGCUGUACCUCACAGUUAUACUGCUCCUAUUCGCCUUCAUGUGUUAUUGCUUUGUGAGCUACAGAUUUGUUGACGCAAUCCUCAAUUUCUUGCUGGUGUGGUACUACUGCACCCUCACCGUACGGGAGAGCAUCCUCAUCAGCAACGGGUCCAGGAUCAAAGGCUGGUGGGUUUUCCAUCAUUACGUCUCAGCCUUUCUGUCUGGAGUCAUGCUGACAUGGCCUGAUGGAUACCUGUACCAGAAUUUCAGGAACCAAUUCCUCGCCUACUCUUUGUAUCAAAGCAUUGUUCACUGUAUGCAGUACUACUAUCAGAGCGGCUGUCUGUACAGACUAAGAACCCUGGGAGAAAGACACAACAUGGACCUGACUGUGGAAGGAUUUCAGUCCUGGAUGUGGCAAGGGCUGACAUUUCUUCUGCCCUUCCUGUUUUUUGGUCAUUUUUGGCAACUCUACAACGGACUCUCUCUGUUCAGGAUGGCUCGGCUCCCAGACUGUCAAGAGUGGCAGGUCUCAAUGUGUGGAAUCUCUUUCCUCAUUCUGUUCAUGGGCAACUUCCUCACUACUGUUGCAGUAGUCCGCACCAAGCUCAAGAGCAAGGACCAGGCAAAAUCCAAGGGUCAGUGAGAUGAAGAGGAUACACAGAAACUGCAUCCGCUGGUUCAUCCUAUAGGAGCUUCUCGGGAAACUUUCUAUAAUCAUGGCUCAUUUACUAGUGACAGAGGAUCAUGGGCAGUAUUCAAUGAUCCCCAACUUUGGUUGCUUUGGGGUUGCUACUGUAUAGAUUUGUGAUUUGGAUAAAUAUAAAGAUAGUUUCUGCUCAAUAUAAUAAUGGCACAGCAGUUUAGGGUGUGACUUAGACAUUUCAGAAGAAUUUCUACUAAAUUAAAAGGACAGCAGAAUAGUCAGUGUGAUUGUGCAAUAACAUGGCCUCUUAUUGCUAAAAUAAUAAAUUAUAUACUGUGGACCUAUCUCAUA